AUGGAUGACCUAUUGACUGGCGCUGAUACAAAAUUAGAUUGUAAAAAUAAAAUCAAUACAAUUUUCAAAUGUUUAAGCAGCGCUGAAUUUAAAUUGUGGAAAUGGAUGUCCAAUAAUCAAUCAAUCUUGAAAAAUCUUCCCAUUGACGUCGAAAAUAAAAUACUGUGCAUAGAGGAAGAUAAUUCAAUAAAAACACUAGGAUUGAAAUGGAAUCCAAAAAAGGAUGAAUUCCAAUUCACAAUAAAUAUAUUAUCAAAUGAGAAAAUAACUAAAAGAAUGGUAUUGUCAAUAUAUGCAAAAAUUUUUGACCCAUUAGGUUGGUUAACACCAAUAACAAUUAUCGCAAAAUUAUUUAUUCAAAAACUUUGGCAAUUAAAAUAUGAUUGGGAUGAAAACUUAGAUGAGCAAAUUCGUAAUGAAUUCGAUGAAUAUAAUAAAAAUAUAAAAACAGUGGAGCAAAUUCGAAUUCCAAGAUGGAUGGGAGUCUCGAGUUCAGAUAAUUGGGAGUUACAUGGAUUCUCGGAUGCAUUCUCGGUAAUAUACAUCAAAAUCGGUUUACAUAUAAACCUAUUGACUGCAAAGAGCAAAGUUGCACCAAUAAAAAACAAGAAGACUAUUCCCAAGCUAGAACUAUGUGGAGCUCAUUUAUUAGCAAAACUAAUGAGUAAAAUAAUUAAAAUUUUAAAUACAAAUCCAAAAACUUAUUGUUGGAGCGAUUCUGCAAUCACAUUAUGGUGGCUAAAAGAACCAAAAAACAAAGAGAGGUUUGUAAGAACUCGUGCAACAGAAAUUAAAAAUUUAAUUCCAGAAACUGAAUGGCGUCAUAUAAGAUCAAAAGAUAAUCCAGCUGAUGUAGCAUCUAGAGGCAUCUGUGCAAACAAAUUAAAAGAUUACAUGCUAUGGUGGCAUGGGCCUGCAUGGUUAGUAAAACCAAAGGAAGAAUGGCCAAAUGAUGAAAAAUUAAAUGUCAACAAUUAUCACGACUUUAAUUUCAGAUAA